AUGUCUAGUGAUAUCCGAGAAGUGAUGUCACAGGUGAUUGCUCGUUUAUGCUACCAAGUUGGAUUCGACCGAAUCAAUGAGUCUGCUCUUGAGUUAUUGGCUGAUGUAGACGGUGGAAAUGCCCAGCUGGAGGAUGGAAUUCUGGCCCUCAGGCUUCUUAAGCAGUCACCUCAAAAUCUCUUGAAAUUCGCAGAGGAGGUCGGCCCAUACUUUUCCAAUUAUCCAACAUGCAGUGCCGUUCCCUUGGCUGGAAAAGUAUGUUUAAAUGUCCCACCACAAGAUCACGAGGAACUAAAAUCCCGUCCUGAAUACAUCCCAGAGUACCUGCCGCUGAAUUUCACAGAAAUCGAAUCGAUUGAUGCAGAUUAUUCACUAUUUUCACAAUCGAGGUCUACGGAAUCUCCGAUUCCCAAGAAUAACAACGAUAAGCCCGAACCGGCAACUUCUGUAUCAAAUACGACAACAUCGAUAACUCCUGCUGCUCGUGUGUUGCCUGCAUGGGCGCAACAAACAUCUUACAGGAUCGCCCGCGUUUCAAUCGAUCCUAUCACCAAAACACUAGUAGAGCAUGCUCCACCUGAAAAAAUUCAGGAUCUUUCUCCGGAAAUAUCUUCGGUUCGAGGUUAUGGACACUGCUCUGGAACAUCCGUAUUUUCCGACGCUCCUAAAUUGGAUUCAAGAAUAGAACCGCAACUAGGCAUUCAUACCCCUUCGUACACUUCCUCUUCCUACAGACAAGGGGCCACAGAUGAGCAGUGGGCCGCUGCGCUCCAGGUGGGUUUACCAUUCACUCUCUUUGCUAAUAUUGUCUUCAAUUUUUCAAAAUAUUCGAAAAUUGUUUGA